AUGGACCAGGAAAAGCUUAAGAAAUUGCAGCAGAGUGUUCGCAUUGUUGUUUUCAAGCUGACAGAUUUCUUCGCCUUCAGGGUACGUACUUCUCAGUCUCAAUUCAUCUCUCGCUCGGUCCGAAGUGCGGACUUGCAAAACUUGGAAUCUCCACUAGGAAAACACCUCCACCCACCACCACCUUUACCCGACAACGACAACGUAGGGAAGGGAACGCCAAGACGUCGGACCAAGAAGGUGCACAAAUCGUCGGGAACAGAUGAUAAGAAACUGCAGACCUCGCUCAAGAAACUCAAUGUCCAGCCCAUCCAGGCGAUAGAAGAGGUGAACAUGUUCAAGGAAGACGGAAACGUCAUUCAUUUCGCCGCUCCUAAAGUCCACGCCUCCGUCCCCUCCAACACGUUCGCCAUCUACGGCAACGGCGAGGACAAGGAACUCACCGAGCUCGUACCGGGAAUCCUCAACCAGCUCGGCCCAGACAGUCUGGCCAGCCUACGGAGGCUAGCCGAGAGCUAUCAGAGCAUGCAGAAGAAGGAGGGUGCUGAGGGGGGGAAGAAGGACGGAGAGGGCGGGGACGAUGACGACGAGAUCCCGGAUCUGGUGGAGGGAGAGAACUUUGAGGGGAAGGUUGAAUGA